GCCUUGUUUCGGUCACGUGACAGGAGCUUACGAAGAUGGUGGAAGUUUCUACUUCCUAAAAGUGAAGGCUGACUGAAACGACAACGACGAAAGCCGCGAGGAUUUACCACCUGAUCGCCGCGCGUUACACCAUCUUCUGGAUUAAGGGCCUCUUCUCAUCCUUAUGUCAUGGCCAGUGGGCUCGCCAAGUCAGGCACUUCCAAUGGUUUCCCUCUCAAGUCACAGCUGCAAAUUAAUGUGCUUUCAGCUAAACUCAGAGAAAACAAGAAGAACUGGUUUGGUCCCAGUCCUUACGUGGAACUGUCAGUUGACGGCCAAUGCAAGAAAACUGAACGAUGCAACAACACCCACAGCCCCAAGUGGAAGCAACCACUCACUGUGAUCGUGACCCCGUUCAGCAAGCUGGUGUUUCGGGUGUGGAGCUACCAGCCGCUGAAGUCUGACGUGCUGCUUGGCAUCGCCACCCUGGAUAUUAGUGAAAUACUGAAGUCUAAUAACAUGAAAAUUUCAGAGGUGGUGCAGACUUUCCAGCUGAGCGCAGACAGAGACUCCUCAGACGUGGUGGGAGAUCUGUCCGUCUGCCUGGACGGCAUGACCGUCGACCCCGAGACGUUUGCUUCUGCUGAGGCCAACCAGCACAGGGCGUCAAAUGGAGAAUCACAGCCUAACGGGGAUCCUUCAGUGAGACCUAGCCGGGACAGCUCUCCAGCCGUGGACAGUGUGGGACAGAGGUCUUCACCCAUCGUCAAGAGGACGGAGAACAGCAGAGGGUCUCCAUCAGGGGUGGCGAAGCCCGUCCGACCAGCGAGACCGUCCAGACCACCUCCUCCAAUGCCCCGUAGACCAACCUCUUCCCCAGCUCCGUCUAGAAAUGGCUCUGCUCCAGCAGAAGGUGUUGACGGCCAGCCCACGCCUGACGCAGCCAUGCCAGCAGCAGCCUCAGGACCCCCGCCCGACUCCAGUCCUUCAGCGGGCUCGGACAGAGGCUCCACCGCCGCGGCGGGACGGCAGGCGCCCGGCGCCGUCACCCCCUCUCUGCCUCCCAGAGUCCCGGCGGUCAGCACCGCACCGUUGCCACCUGGUUGGGAGCAGAGGGUGGACCAGAACGGCAGACUGUAUUAUGUGGAUCACGUGGAGAAGCGAACAACAUGGGAUCGUCCUGAACCACUGCCUCCUGGCUGGGAGCGCCGUGUCGACCAGAUGGGGCGGGUCUAUUUUGUUGACCACAUCUCACGGACGACCACGUGGCAGCGUCCCACAAUGGAGACGGUGCGAAAUUACGAGCAGUGGCAGCACCAGCGCAGCCAGCUGCAGGGCGCCAUGCAGCAGUUCAACCAAAGGUUCAUCUACGGGGUACAAGAUCCGGCAGCAGCCGCUCAAAAUAAGGAGUUUGAUCCUCUUGGACCUCUACCAGCUGGAUGGGAGAAGAGAACAGACGCCAAUGGCAGAGUCUAUUUUUUGCAUCAUCCUACCCGUUCUACUCAGUGGGAAGACCCUCGAACACAGGGGUUGUUGAAUGAAAAGCCUCUUCCUGAAGGAUGGGAGAUGAGGUUCACUGUUGAUGGCAUUCCUUACUUUGUGGACCACAACAGGAGAAGCACCACCUACAUCGACCCUCGCACUGGAAAAUCCUCCCUGGAAAAUGGACCUCAGAUCACCUACGUUCGAGACUUCAAAGCCAAAAUCCAGUACUUCAGGUUCUGGUGCCAGCAACUGGCAUUGCCUCAACACAUCAAGAUCAACGUAACCAGGAAGAACCUGUUUGAGGACUCCUUCCAGCAGAUCAUGAGUAUCAACGCUCCGGAUCUGCGGAGGAGGCUGUGGAUCAUUUUUCCUGGAGAGGAAGGCCUCGACUAUGGAGGCGUUGCCAGGGAGUGGUUCUUCCUGCUGUCACACGAGGUUUUGAACCCCAUGUACUGCCUGUUUGAAUACGCCGGCAAAGAUAACUACUGUCUUCAGAUCAACCCUGCUUCCUCCAUCAACCCCGACCACCUCAAGUACUUCAGGUUCAUCGGGCGCUUCAUUGCCAUGGCUCUCUUUCACGGGAAGUUCAUCAAUACGGGUUUCUCGCUGCCUUUUUACAAGCGCAUUCUCAACAAGCCUUUGGCGGUCAAAGAUCUGGAGUCGAUUGAUCCGGAGUUCUACAACUCUCUCAUGUGGAUUAAGGACAACAACAUCGAGGAGUGCUGCUUAGAGAUGUUCUUCUCUGUGGACAAAGAGAUUCUUGGAGAAAUCACCACCCAUGAGCUCAAGCCAGGAGGAGGAGACAUCCAAGUCACAGAGGAGAACAAAGAGGAGUACAUCCGGCUGGUAGCAGAGUGGCGACUGUCCAGAGGUGUGGAGGAGCAAACACAAGCUUUUUUUGAGGGCUUCAACGAGGUCCUCCCUCAGCAGUAUCUACAGUACUUUGAUGCCAAAGAACUUGAGGUGAUGCUGUGUGGCAUGCAGGACAUCGACCUUGCAGACUGGCAGAGAAACACCAUCUACAGGCACUACGCUCGGAACAGCAAACAGAUCCUCUGGUUCUGGCAGCUUGUGAAGGAGAUGGACAACGAGAAGAGGAUGAGACUGCUGCAGUUUGUCACCGGCACCUGUCGUCUGCCCGUCGGAGGCUUCGCCGACCUUAUGGGAAGCAACGGGCCUCAGAAGUUUUGCAUUGAGAAGGUGGGAAAAGAAAACUGGUUGCCCCGGAGUCACACAUGCUUCAACAGACUGGACCUGCCGCCCUACAAGAGCUACGAGCAGCUGAAGGAGAAGGUGAUGUUCGCCAUCGAGGAGACGGAAGGCUUCGGCCAGGAGUGAAGGACGCUUAAGGCUUGGCCGCAGGAGUCUGCAAAGACAAACGCAGCACCGUUCGCAUCAGGGAGCCUCUUCAGAAAGAGCCGGUGUAAAAUGUCCUUUCUGAUUCUGCAGAGCGGCUCCAGUCUCUGAGAAUGCUCGAGAUCCCCAAACUUCACCUUCCAUGACACCUGCUCAGCAUACCUGCAGAGUCUUUGACCGGCAGUCGGGGGACCCUCUGGGUCCUAAAGAGCUUCAGUUUUAGCAAUAACAUUAUUAUUUAAAGAAAAUUCCGUGCAGGAUUGAGAAGGUGAGCUUUAUUUUUCACUGGAGUUCUCCUCCAGAGAGUAAACUACUUUGUUAGCUAGACUUGCACUUUAAUCUGCAUCUUUACUAAUCAUUUAGGUGGAUCUCUUUUUAAGAUAAGUUUAAUAAAAGAUGCAUCAUUGAAACAGAUUGCAGCGCUCCAUCUUAAUGAUUAAAAAACAGACAAUCCUGGUGCUUGAAAGAGAUUUGGGACUGGCUGCUUUUAUUAUCUGCUCUGGGUGAUGUUUGACCUGUGAAUGGAUUCUUGUGGCCUCCAUGGUUUGCAGUGGCGGUGACAAAUGUGAAGCGACUCUGACCGGACCCUAGUUUUAUAGGGCCAAACCUGGGGACCUUACAGAUCAGAGUGAGAGUGAGAACCCCUCAUUUUAGCUUUAAUUCAAUUUUCAAGUUUUUAACCGACAUCGUUGGUUUAAAGCAGAACCGGAAUUGGAAUUAAAUCAGAUGAAUGAAACACCAAAACAAAGUCGAACCAACAGAAAGUUUAGGAUUUAUUUGACAAAAGGAGUUGCAUGUAGCUCUUCUAGAUAUGUAGCAGUGGGAUUAGAGCCUGUGUCAUGCUUCGUGGCAUGCCUCUAAAUGAAUAAAAAAUGGCAAAUUUUUACAAAUUUAGCAAUAUGAUGUUAAAAACCUGUUUAGUUUUUCCCCCCUUUUUUUUCUUUUUUAAAAAAAAAAGAGCAUUUUCCUUCUGAACUUAAGUGUUUUCUCUUUAGAAAAACACCAGAGGGACAUAAAUGAAUGUUUAGUUGAGGUAAAGAUUAAGACUUCUCUACCACUGAUAGUAGACCUCCAGCAGAGCCGUUUUAGCAGAUUAUUUCACAGAUUACGAGUGAGUGUGCGUGUGUGGAAAGGAAAAACUGUGAGGUAUUAAUCCUUCUUUUUGGGAAACAUCUGGUAAACAUUUUAGACGAUGUAAUAAACUAACCAGCUAGUUUAUAUUUUUCUAUUUAAUGACUCUGUGAGAUGGCAGGAUCGCCGGCUUCAGGCGUGUAAUUCUGACGGCGGCACUCGGCACUGAGCCUCUCAGGUUUCGGUUUAGGCGUUUCCUGGGCGACGGUGGAGCAUCUUUUUGGGGUUUGACCGUCAGAGACCAGAGCGUCGCUCUUUAGAAGAUUCCUGUGGAGAAACUGGGCCUUUUGGAGAGGAGAGCUGCUGAGACCAAGAUGGUGUGAUAGGUAAACGCACUCGUAGGACACUGUUCCUGGUUAGUCGCCAUAAAGUUCAGCGAUGGAGUCGAUGUGUACAAAUCAAUAGGCGUCCCUCUUUAUAGUGUUUUAUUCCUCCAACAUCCUCGGAAUCCCACUAAACCACUGUCACUCUCCAGCACAUGUAGAGAAGCUGUAAAUGGUGUCAAUAACAAUUAUUCUUUUGUAAAAGGUUUUAAUAAGAUUGCUCUAUUUUCUUUCCAUGUUUAAUUUCUGAUGUACAUGAAAAAUUGUGUAAAAUAGUGUCACAUUAAUAAAUUAAAAAUCUGUGCUUCA